AUGCCACACCAUACUGUGUAUGAAGCCAAGAUUGAGCAUCUGCAGAUUCUUGAUGAGAACGGGAAGCUUGAUAAGAAGCUCGCGAAGGACACGCUGACGGACGAUCAGGUCGUGUAUCUGUACGAGCAGAUGCGUGUCUGUAGAGAGCUUGAUGAGAUCGCGUUUAAGCUGCAGCGUUCGGGGCGGAUGGGGACCUAUCCGCAGAACAAGGGGCAGGAAGCGAACGCGGUUGGGUCUGCUCUUGCGAUGGUCAAGGGGAACGACUGGGUCGUGCCUUCGUAUCGCGAGAACGCGGCGCUGUUCAUGCACGGCAUGCCGAUGCACUAUGUCAUCCAGUACUGGAUGGGUGACGAGCGUGGAUCGAAGUUCCCGGAGGGUGUGAACAUUACGCCUUUGAGUGUUCCGAUCGGGACGCACAUGCUCCACGCGACUGGGAUCGCUUGGGCGUUCAAGCAGCGGAAGGAAGCGGAUCGUGCGGUCAUUACGUACUUCGGUGAUGGAGCGACCUCGGAGGGUGACUUCCACAACGCGAUGAACUUCGCGUCGGUGAUGCAGGUCCCGACGAUCUUCUAUUGUCAGAACAACUCGUGGGCGAUCUCGCUCCCUCGCGAGCAGCAGAUGAACUCCGCGACGGUGGCGCAGAAGGCGCUGGCGUAUGACAUGCCGACGAUUCAGGUGGACGGCAACGACAUCUUCGCGGUGUACAAAGCGACCCAGGACGCGCGCAAGCGUGCGAUCGAGGGUGGCGGGCCAUCGUUUAUCGAAGGCGUGACUUACCGUCUUGCGGAUCACACGACGGCGGACGAUGCGCGUCGGUACCGCGAUGAGGAAGAACUACACGCUUGGCUCGAUAAGGACCCGCUGAUCCGUACGCGCAAGUACAUGGAAUCGGUCGGGAUCUGGGACGACAAGAAGCAGGAAGAGCUUGAGAAUCGCGCCAAGACCAUUGUCAAGGAAGUGGUCGAUGCGGCGAUCUCGGUGCCUGCACCUGAGAGCAGCGAGUUCUUUGAUGACAUGUACGCGGAUCUUCCGGAGGACCUGAAGCUCGAUUGGGCGGAAUCCAUCGCAGAUCGGGCUCAAUGCUCAGGCGGCGGAGAUCCAGUAAUGAUGGUGAAGAUUGUCGAUGUCAAGGGCAAGGAGCGGUACAUCAAUGCCGCGUAUGUGCGAUCGGUGACCCCGAAGGGUGCUGAGAAGGCAGACAUCGACUUUGGACACUGGAGCGGGGCGGUUCGUGUGAAGCAGCCCGCGGAGCAGGUGGCGGAGAUUCUCAACUCGGCGCUUCCCGCUUCCUUUGAUGAGUACCUGGCUGCUGUCGAUCAGCAGUCGCAGAGCAGCAACAACAUGAGCGCGGCGACCACGAUCGCGGCGCUGGAGCGUGAUCCGGAGGUCAUCUUGCUCGGUGAGGACAUCGGUUCCAACGGCGGCGUGUUCCGCGCGACAGAAGGAUUGAUGGCGAAGCACGGCGAGGAUCGUGUGGUCUCCACGCCCCUCGAUGAAUCGGGGAUCAUGGGGACGGCGAUCGGUCUUGCGAUCGCUGGGAUGAAGUCGAUCCCCGAGAUCCAGUUCGAGGGGUUCCUUGGACCGGCGUACGACCAGCUCGUGAACCACGGCGGACGCAUGCGGACACGCACUCGCUCAGCGGUCACGGUCCCGAUGACGGUCCGUGUUCCUGUUGGUGGUGGUAUCCACGCUCCGGAGCUGCACUCGGAUUCUCCGGAAGCGAUCUACACGCACUCACCUGGGAUCAAGGUGCUGAUGCCUUGCACGCCGUAUGACGCGAAGGGGCUGCUCAAUAGCGCGAUCAAGGACCCUGAUCCGGUGAUCUUCUUUGAACCCAAGCGUGUGUACAGAACCUUUAAGGAAGAGGUUCCUGAUGAGUACUACGAGAUCCCGAUCGGGGAAGCGAAGACGGUUGUUGAAGGCGAUGACCUGACGGUCGUGACGUGGGGCGCUCCGGUGUUCCAGUGUCUGGAAGCGAUCGACAACUGUCCUGAGGACGUGUCGGUGGAGCUGAUCGAUCUGCGUUCGAUCUAUCCGUUUGACAUGGACACGAUCGCGGAAUCUGUUCGCCGGACUGGUCGGUGCGUGAUUGUGCACGAGGCGCCGCUGACGUGCGGGCUUGGUGCGGAGAUCGCGGCACGGAUCAUGGAGGAGUGCUUCUUGCAUCUGGAGGCACCGGUCCAGCGUGUGACAGGGUUUGAUACGAUCAUGCCGUAUUACAAGCUGGAGAAUGAGUAUCUGCCUGAGGCACCUCGGAUCCUGAAGGGGAUCAAGGAGUGCUUGGCGUACUGA